CAUUUAGUCUACAGUGGCUAUAUCUGUUCCAAAAGACUGUUUGCGGGAACUGGCUACAGUCAGUAAAAGGACAUGAACAACAGUAAUCAAUGAGCUGAGCUACGUCAUGGGGGGCAUGUGUGGUAAUGCCUGGGUAAGAACCUAUGGUGUGAACACAACAAGUAGCUACAACAAGUUAUUCCUGUUGCAUGGCUAAGUGGCUAAGUGCUGGGAUCUCUUGAAGUCAAAGUAUAACAGGAUUUAGGAUUAAAGUGAUAUAAACUUGAGACAGUUUAUCGGGUGGGAAAGAAGCUCAAGUGUUGCGUAACCUCAUAAAAGAAGUGAUACUGGACAGCAAGUUUGUAUUUAACCCAAAACAAAGACACUUUUACACAGCAAUUCAAGCUCUUCAUAAUCAGAGCUUUGUCUGUUCUGCGAGUUUUAGAGGGUAUUUGUCGUAUCCUUAAUACUUCCCCCCUUGUUUGGAAAAUAAUAUCAGAAGUGUCAUUUUAUCAAUUGGGUGCCUUUUCCAUUUCAAAAAGGUAAUAUUUAAAUUUUAAGUUAAAUUAAUGAAAAGUAAUAUGUUUGAAUAUCACUAAAUGCAAAGUAACAGGGUUGACGAUAACCAGUUUUAGAAUUCAUUUGGCCAUUAUUACAUUGUGGUCUUAUUAGGAAUUGGGCUUUAAAAUAACUAUUUAGAUUGUUUAUAGAGAAAAUCACCGUAAGAGGGCGACAAUUUAUUGUCAUACUUUUUUGGAAUAAAUAGCAAAAAAUUAAAUAAAAAAUGCCACAAAGAGGAAACACGCAGUGUUUACUUCUUGAAAGGAUGAUGUCAUUAUGAGUUUUGUUUAUAUCUAAAUUAGAGGAAAAUAAAUGGAAACAGGCUUUACCAUAAUCCAUUUCAAUGUAGGGUUAGAAAUGGUUAUAUUUUAUAUUUUUUCCAAUAAAAUGUGCACAUUUGCUAACAUAGCAAAGGGAAUUUGGAAACGCUUAAAUACAUACAUAAAUAUUCUACUGUUUAGAUACGAGUUAUCUUGGUUUCGAAUAAAUGACGAUAAAAAAAUCUAUCAAACAUAACAGAAAGUAAAUGUGGAUGUGGGUGAUUACACAUUUCAUAGAAUAACUCAUAUCUAAAAAGUCAAAGACAAAUAAUACAAGUAAUAUUUUUAAAACUUUUUCCAAGGUUUUUUUUUUUUAAAAUAGUCUAGAGCUGUCCAAGGUGCUGAAUGCCCACAGAAGUCUUGAUUUAUGUUUUUGUGCAUGGCCUCACCUACAUUUCUAAAGUGUGUAAGAAUGUGUAGUUCUGUGCUGGUAAAUGUUGGCUCCAGUGAAAGCUCAGAAAUCCCUCCGGAGCUUGUGAUCAUGUUACAAGAUGUACAAUCGCACCAUGACCUCAGAGCAUCAGUAGCUCAAGUCCUGGGUGUGAGGCAGUAUCUUUAUAUAUGGGCUGCAAUGCCUCAUGAAGGGAAUCUAAUGUUAAAUUUGGACUAUCUCAAGUGUUUGAACACUGCUCAGCUUCUGGAGCUCCUGGAAGAUGAGGAAAGAAUGCGAGAAACUGUCAGGAUCAAUUCAAAGUUACAGCAUCUUCAGAGGUGUAAAGUGAUCUUGAUGGCAUCCAACUGUUGGCUCGCAGAGCAGAAUUUAGCGCACCAGCCGCAUCUGAACAAAUCUAAAAUUCUCUUAGCUGAAAAGUACCAGAUUCUCGGUCAAAUGGUGUCUUCAAUGCGAUGCAAAGAGAGAAAGCUGGAAACUUUACAACAGAAACUCAGCCUUAGAGCGAUUCAUAAGCUUCUUAAAGAGAAGACCGAUCAUUCCUUGAGUCGAUCUGAGAAUCUCUGGCUAAAAUUCACAGAAGGAAAACUUCUGCUGACAGAUUUUGUGGAGACACUUCAAAACUCUCAGACGUUAUGCCAUCGACAUUUUAUUCAAGCCGAGAAGAUCCAGAACCUCAUCCUACAGGGACAAAUGUACAAUCAAGAUGUUGAUUUUUCCCGUCUUGGGUAUCAUCCAGACUCCAAGGACUCACCGACCAUGAUCAAUGUUUUCAGUGGCAUCUAUCCGGUUCUCUUACUGCCUGGUUUCCAGUAUCCGCAUUUAUCUCCGACAUCAUAUCUUCCUCCUCUAAAGCAUCAUGGCUGUAUCGAUAUAUGCUCGACUUUCAUAUCCAAAAAUGAACCGAGCCAUAAACAAGGUUUUUGUAAGUGCCCCGAGACUCACCGAUGGCCACAAAGACAUGCUGCUUUACAGCCACUUGACAAGAUUCAACCUAACAUUCACCAGAAGCCCUAGUAAAGCUGUAGUGAUCUGGGAACUCUAUAAAAAACAAUACAGUUUUGUGAAUUUGGAGUAAAAUUAAUGUCUGUUUCAUUUCAGAAAUGCGUCUCAUUGGU